AAGAUGGAGGCUCCUGCGCCCUACGGUGGAGAACGCCACACUCUCCAGGCCUUCUUGACCCAAUGCAAAGCCUACUUCCACCACGAGGAAAAGAAGUUCCCGAAGGAAGCCGAUAAGGUCAUCUUCGCUGGAACCAGACUUAAGGGAGACGCGCUCACUUGGUUCGAGCCU